AACCUCCUCUUCUCUCUCUCAGGUUUGUGUAAUGGAUCAGAGCUGGCUUUUCUCAUAGAGCCCAGUGAUGUGAUCGCUGUACGGGACAGGCCGCUGAUGCUGGACUGCAGGGUGGAAGGUGAAGGUCCAAUCACAGUGACGUGGCACAAAAACGGAGCGCCGCUGCCUGCUACCAUUGGCAGUCGAGCGAAGAUCCUGUCCAAUGGUACGCUCCUCAUCCGCAGCUUCCAGAAGAGACGGGAUGGAGAUGCGACCGAUGCUGGAGAAUAUUACUGCGCUGCACAGAACCACUACGGCAUGCUGGUCAGCCGUAAAGCCCGUGUGCAGCUCGCAUCUCUUCCCAAAUUUCACACUCACCCUGAGUCAAUGUCAGUAGAUGAUGGAGGCGUUGCACGUUUCCAGUGUCAGGUCAAUGGUAUUCCUGAAGCCAGCAUCACUUGGGAGAAGGACCAUGUUGUGCUCGGUACAUCUGAUGACAGGUACACACUUCUCCCAAUGGGAAUCCUGCAGAUUACAGGAGUUAAGAAAGCAGAUGCUGGAAUCUACCGAUGCGUUGCCAGUAAUAUCGCCAACACCCGUUACAGCCACGAAGCUCAUCUGAACGUAACCGGAGGAGUUCCUCGCACCUAUAAGGAGCCAGUCAUCCUGUCUGGUCCACAAAACCUCACCAUCACCGUCCAUCAGACCGCCAUCCUGGAGUGCAUCGCCACCGGGAACCCUCGUCCCAUUGUGUCUUGGAGUAGACUUGAUGGCAGAUCCAUUGGAGUGGAGGGCAUUCAAGUGCUUGGCACUGGUAACCUGAUGAUCUCAGACGUCUCUCUUCAGCACUCUGGAGUGUAUGUGUGCGCUGCCAACCGGCCUGGGACAAGGAUGAGGCGUACCGCACUGGGCAGGCUGGUAGUUCAAGCUCCUCCAGAGUUCAUUCAGUGGCCGCAGUCCGUGUCGAAGCCGGCAGGGGGCAGUGCGGUGUUCACCUGUGUCGCUCAGGGGGUUCCGGAGCCGCACAUUAUAUGGCUGAAGAACGGAAAGAUACUCACGCCUGGUGAUAAUGUCAAACUCACCAACAACAACAGUACUCUGGCCGUGACUCGUAUCACCUCGGAGGAUGAAGCCAUAUAUCAGUGCAUUGCUGAAAACACUGCGGGCACGAAUCAGGCCAGCGCUCGUCUGGCGGUGUCUCUGGCCAAAGAGCUGCCCGACUCUCCUGAGGGCCUGAAGGCCACGGCUCUGUCCAAAACAUCCCUGCAGCUCUCCUGGACACAGCCGCCGGCCGAAGUCACAGACGGCAUCAUCGGAUACGUGCUGCACAUCCGCAAAUAUGGCGAGUCUGAGAGUAAAGAGCUACAGGAGGCCGUGAGCAAGACAACAUUUCAGCAUGACCUCACAAACCUGGAACCUGCGACCACCUACUCUGUUUACCUGAAGGCCUAUUCUCCGCUGGGGGCCAGUCAACAGUCCAGCACAGUGGUUUCCACAACACUAGGGGGCGUGCCCAGUCCACCUACAUUUUUCACUAAGGCUAUAAACGCCACAGCGGUCCAGGUCCUGUGGGAGCUUCCCAAUAAGCCUGGAAAAGCGGAGGGUUUCCGACUGACCUACCGCAGGGUCCCCCAUGGAGAGAUGCAGGGGCCCAUUCAGUUGCCUUGCCAUGUUAACGCUCACAUCAUCUCACAUCUUGACGCCGGCGCUGUGUAUGAAGUCAAACUGGUGGCCUACAACGGUAAUGGAGAGAGUGACUGUUCAAAGAAGCUUGUAUCACUGGCCGAGGAUGGCACUAGUGCUAAAACCAGAGCAGGAGAGGAAGCUCAAUGUAACUGCAGGGGUGUGGAGAGCUCAGUGAGCAGCAUUGUGGUCGGCAUCCACAUUGGAAUGGCCUGCAUCAUUUUCUGCGUGCUCUUCCUCAUGUUCGGAUAUCGGCGCAGUUUCCUCUGUAGGAAGGGGACCCAGGACAGCUGGUCUGUGCCACAUGGUGAAGAUGGAGGGCAUCAAGUUCAGGGUAACGGACUCCCUAAACAGGGAAUAACACAACCUGCUCAAGGCAUUGAAUUAGUUCCUCAGGGUCAUAAUAAAGAUCAGACCCAGUGCCAGGUUCUUAUUGAGCAGCACUCGUCCAAUCUGCCAGGCACGGGCACAGGCACAGGCACUGGCUAG